GGCGACGCCUGGGAAGAUGGCUGCUGCAUCUUCAUCGGAUUCCGACGGCGGCCGAGCUGAGAGGUGAAGUCCCAGGUCCUCAAGGCUUCCUUUCGCAAAGAUCAGUGAGGCCAAUUCGAAAUGGCUGGACGCGCACUAUGACCCUAUGGCCAACAUCCACACCUUCUCCUCCUGCCUGGCACUGGCAGAUUUGCAUGGGGACGGGGAGUAUAAGCUGGUGGUGGGAGACCUUGGGCCAGGUGGACAGCAGCCCCUUCUGAAGGUGCUCAAAGGACCAACAGUGUUGAGAGAAAACCCACUGCCUGCCCUGCCAGCUGCUGCUGCCUGCUUCCUCAUGGAGCAACAUGAGCCCAGGACUCCAGCUAUAGCACUUGCCUCAGGCCCAUGUGUCUAUGUGUAUAAGAAUCUUAGACCCUACUUCAAGUUUAGCCUGCCCCAGUUGCCUCCAAAUCCUCUGGAACAAGAUCUUUGGAACCAAGCCAAGGAGGACCGAAUAGACCACUUAACCCUGAAGGAAAUGCUGGAGGGCAUUCGAGAGAAGGCAGAGGUGCCUUUGUCUGUUCAGUCACUCAGGUUUCUACAGUUGGAGCUGAGUGAAAUGGAGGCAUUUGUAAACCAGCACAAGUCCAAGGCCAUCAAGCGGCAGACUGUCAUCACCACCAUGAGUACCUUGAAGAAGAACUUGGCUGAUGAGGAUGCUGUGUCCUGCCUGGUGUUAGGCACUGAGAACAAGGAGCUCCUAGUGCUUGACCCUGAGGCCUUCACCAUUUUGGCCAAGAUGAGCCUUCCCAGUGUCCCUGCCUUUCUGGAGGUUUCUGGCCAGUUUGAUGUUGAGUUUCGGCUUACAGCUGCCUGUCGCAAUGGGAACAUCUAUAUCCUGAGAAGAGACUCUAAGCACCCCAAGUACUGCAUCGAGCUAAGUGCCCAGCCUGUGGGGCUUGUCCGGGUACACAAGAUCCUGGUGGUGGGCAGCACCCAAGAGAGCUUGCACGGCUUCACCCACAAGGGCAAGAAGCUGUGGACGGUGCAGAUGCCUGCAGCCAUCCUGACCAUGAAUCUCUUGGAGCAGCGCUCCCGGGGUUUGCAGGCUGUCAUGGCUGGGCUUGCCAACGGAGAAGUCCGUAUUUACCGUGACAAGGCCCUGCUCAACAUAAUCCGUGCCCCGGAUGCAGUGACCAGCCUUUGCUUUGGCCGCUACGGGCGGGAGGACAACACCCUCAUCAUGACGACUCGAGGAGGUGGGCUGAUCAUCAAGAUUCUGAAGCGCACAGCAGUGUUUGUGGAGGGGACAGGUGAGAUGGGCCCCCCACAGGCUCAGGCCAUGAAACUCAAUGUACCCCGAAAGACCCGACUCUAUGUGGAUCAGACCCUUCGUGAGCGGGAAGCUGGCACAGCCAUGCACCGGACCUUCCAGACAGAUCUCUACCUACUGCGCCUGCGGGCUGCCCGAGCCUAUGUACAAGCCCUUGAAUCUAGCCUGAGCCCCAUGUCAACCACAGCUCGUGAGCCACUCAAGCUACAUGCUGUGGUUCAGGGCCUGGGGCCCACCUUUAAGCUUACCCUUCACCUGCAGAACACCUCAACAGCCCGACCUGUGCUGGGGCUGCAGGUCUGCUUCCUGUACAACGAGGCGCUCUAUGCCCUGCCUCGGGCUUUCUUCAAGGUCCCUUUACUAGUACCAGGACUCAGUUACCCUCUGGAGACUUUUGUGGAAAGUCUCAGUACCAAGGGCAUCUCAGACAUGAUCAAGGUGCUGGUGCUCCGGGAAGGCCAGAGCAUACCUCUGCUGAGCGCCCACAUCAACAUGCCUGUGAGUGAGGGGCUGGCAGCUGCCUGAGCCCCAGGCUGACACUCAAGUCCCUGCAGAACGGAGUUAGCCAAGCAGAUCUAGUCUUUGCCACUGAGCUGGGCAAGUCCAGCAGGCCCAGGACACUCUCCCACAGAGCCAUCUGCUUGGGUGCCAGCUUUCUGCUCUUUUCUGAAGCAUCCCCUUCUAGCUGCUCCUGCUUCUGGGCCCAAGCAGCACGACAGUAAGUACCCAAGCUCAGCUCUUCCCCAGGACCCACCCAGGCCUUAUCCUUCAACUCCUGCUUUCCAUAGCUUCCCCAGCUCUUUCCAGAAACCUCACCAGACUCUAAGAAGAGCUUUGAAGUAGCCAAGAGGAAAUAAGUAGAGGCCUGGCCUGUCUCCUCUACUUUAAUUCAUCUGCUUCAAAUCAAGACUAGAAUUAGGCAAGGGGCUAGCCUGGAAAUCAUAGGCUUUUCUCCAGUAAGACUGAACCCACUGUUGCCUCUGGGUUCCAGAGAUCUAGCUACUGCCAGCUCAACUUAUAGGCAAAAGCAUGUGUGCUGAUCUCUCUUCUGAGCUGUACUAGAGACUCGGCUUUCCACCUCGUGGUCCAGGGAUGUCACAGGGCACUUUUCCCAAGACUUGGGCUCAGCUACUACCUCAGGCCUCCAAAGAUCACGAAGGUUACCAAAGGAGGACAUGUUGCACAAAACAGAAGGAGCUCAUGUGGGGAGCUAGAGGCCCUAGCACCCAUCAAAACUCCCAAAGAUCAAUAAAAUUCAUAUUUAUUUUGAAAUAUACAUCUAUAUUGUAAUCUAGAAUUAUAUAAAACAAGAAAGCAACCUCUCUUCAUUCCCUAUGACCACUCCCCUAUACCACCAUUUAUUUCCUCCAGCUUUCUCAGCUAUUUAUUUUUAAAAUGUGUUUUUACUACUCUUGCUUAUCAUUCCUAAACAUUAUUUAUUGACUCCCUACUGUAGUAGAUGAGGUUUUAGCUCUCUUGAGAUAGCACUUCCUCUCCUGUUUUUAGGUAAAUCAUGUUUGAAGUACUAUUUGUAUUGUUACAUGCCAGUUAUUCACAGUAAAGUGAAGAUAUAGGCUAUAAAUAAAUUAUCCUUUGUGAACUUUUA